AUGUCUUCAAAGAUGACUCCCGAGCCUGAGAGGGAACGUUCUCCCAAUGAAGACCAGGACCAGGUGGACACCACCGGAUCCUCUGUCUUUGACCAGUUGCCAGAGUAUGAUGACCCGGCAAAUAUCUGGUUCAAUCUCGAGUCGGGGCUGCCUGGCAUUGGGGUAGAGAAUGAUGACGAGCAGAACAGUCUGUCGAUCUUGCGCAAGCAGUUAUCCAAUACAUCGAUUCCUUCGUUCCUUAUUCAGCUCCCAGCGAUGCUGGUCGAGUAUUACUUUCGUACUGUUUGCAACCAAUGGUCAUCCUUUGACUGUCCUCUCAACCCAUUCCGAACAAUUAUCAGCCGACUUUGGAGUCGAAAUGCAGCUAUUUACUUUACCAUCCAAAGCAUGUCAGCCGCAUCACUGGCAAAUGAUUUCCCAAGUAUGAGGGCCAUCGGAAGACAAACCCAGCAACAAGCGAUCGUCUGCCUACAGAAUAGUGCACGAGGAGGAACAGCUCGCAUGGGAGAUGAUGAGUUUUUCCUGGCACUCUUAAUGUUAGGAUCCACCACUGGGUGGCACGAUGCGUCUGACCUAGGGUUGGCAUAUUUGAAAGCAGCCCAGGAGCAUCUUCUGAAACAGAAGCGCCGGUGCAAAAGUUCAAACUUUGCCGUAGCAAAACAGUACCCGCUUUUCAAACAGUGUCUGCUGUAUUGGAACUUGUUGGCUGCAUUUGUGGCCGAGGAUUCGCCAAUUCUGGACGAGGACAGCCCCACGGAAAACAGCGAUGGAGACCUCUCAAUCUACCUUGUUGAUGGACAAGCAAUUCCUCAUCCAUGGACGGGAUCUCUCACCUACUCAUUGAGUCUUUUUUAUCGGACUGCAAGAGUGAUUCGAGCCUCGAAAACGUCGCAUCGGAAACAAGUACAGGCACUAGAUCCUACCCUGGUCGACUUCAGCUGCUUGGCUGAAGAACUGGAUCUCAGACAGAGGGCGGAGGAACUUGAACAAAACAUCCUCUUUUCUGGAUUCUCAUUCUACUGCGGUCCUGUCGAUAUCGGCGACAUGAACACUCCCCCGUCACAUUUCCUUACUUUGGCCGAAGCAUAUCGCUGUGCGGCACUUUUACAAAUCUAUCAUGUUUUCCCGGAGAUUUUGGAAGAAAGGCUUCGCAGCAAUCAAGAGGCAGAUGACGAAUCCUCUACUCCAGCUCUAUUUUUGUUAUUGUUCCCAAUUACUGCAGACUGGUUAUCACUCUCGGUCGAAGACACAAGACACACCUUGGCACUACACAUUGUAUCUCUGUUGGAUCAACUACCUUCAACAUCUGGGACUAAGGUGAUGCAGCCCGUGAUUCUGGCUUGCAUUUCCAGUGAUCUUGUGUUCUCUUCUGGGUCUGUCUUAGGUCCGACCGCAAAUACAAUUCCCAGUUUGAAUACUUUGGAUGUUGAUAUUGCUCAAGCCAGACGGAAAGUCAAAAUGAAGAUGUCUGAGCUUACGAUAAUCCUUCCAAAGCUACCAAUGCAGCGAAUUUCUAACGUUAUACACGAGACUUGGGAUCGCGCGGACUCUGGAUUGGAGGAGUUUUGGUUGGAUGUCAUGUUGGAUUUACAUUUGGAGACGAUAAUGGGAUAA